AUGUCCACUUCAGAAUCAAACCCUGUCAAGAAUACCGAAAUAAAGCCAGAUACUGAGCACCCCAUCACACAAGAGGUCUCAGAGGUACCUGAAGCUGUUGAACAGUCAACAUCUACUGAUGCUCCACCAGCUGCCGAGCCCACUGUAGAAGAACCUGUCACUGAACCUGUCACUGAACCUGCCGUUGAACUUGUUUCUGAGCCCAUUGCUGAACCCGCCUCUGAACCCGGAUCUCCUCCAAAGAACAAUACAAAAAGACGCACUCUCUUCAAUCCAUUCGGUAAAGUCAAGAAGGAAGAAAACAUCAAGAAGGAAGAACAUGCCAAGAAGGAAGAACCUACCAAAGAAGAAGAGCACACCAAAGAAGUCCAUACAGAAGAGAUCGUCAUUGUCGAGGAAAAGGUUCCCGAAAAGAAAAAGUCCAUGUUUAGCUUCUUUGGCAGAUCAAAGUCAACUGCUAGAUUAGAAGAUCUUCCAAUGCCUCCUAGUAAUGAGUUGGCCACCGAGCAAGUUUCUACGGGGACUGAUGCAGUCGUUAUCGAGGCCACAACACCUGCUACUCCCGUAGAAGAAGGUACCACACCUGUUACCUCUGCAACUGAUGCACCCGAUACUACCCUGCCAAUUGAGGUCACGGAAGCUACUACAACUGACGACGCUGCUGUCCAUGCAGACCCUGCAGAAGCACAUACAUUGGAUGUUGAGCCCAAUGUUAAGCGCCAGUCUUUUAUCAGCAAGUUAUUCUUCAAGAAAAAGGAAACCAAGGAAGACAAACACGUUACCAAGGAACCAACCGAACAAGCCGUUGAAUCAGAAAGCGAUCAUGAGCUGCAUGAAGAGCACGCACACAAUGCUGAUGUCGCCACUGCCUCUGCCACCAUUGCUCCUGUAGAUAUUGUGACCGAGGAGUUGGUUGUCCCUGAAGACAAGGUGACUGCUCGUCCCUCCUCGCCACUCGGUCGCCUCACCGGUUUCCUUUCAAAGAUCCCGGCCAAGAAAGAAAAGAAGGCUAAAGCUGAUGUGCCAGCCACUUCUACAGACGAAGACACCGUUCCUGAAGAUAAUGCAAAGGUUCAUGAGGAUGACGAAUCUGUUCAUGAGCAGCCUAAGGAGAUACAUGCCCCUGUAUCAACCGCUGUAGCCGCAGCAUAAUCCACCCAUAUCUCACAAGGAUAUAUACAAAAAAAACACACUGUGAAUGCGUAUUGUGUAGAAAGAAAGACAAAAAAAAGACAUAAUGGAAUUAUGUGAUUUCAUUAUCUUUAUACUUUUUCUUUUUAUAUCAAACCAUCCUUAAUACUCGUACUAUUUUAUACUUCUUUGUUUGUUUGUCCAUUUGCUCUAUACAAAACGUAAAGAGCAGUUGACUAACAAAAAAAAGACUUCAUGGCAUUUUUAUAUUCUUUCUUUCAUCACUUGGAAUCUGUUUUUGACAGACUCGUUUUCCAUAUCUUAAUAAACAACAUCCUUUAUUUUACAUC